AUGUCUGCCCCCGGAGACUCCAGAGACGAGUUUUCCACAGACGAGGAUGUGGAACCGGCGCGCCAGAAGACACGCACGGCGCAGGUGUCCCGUUUGCCCUUCAGCGUCGAGGCUCUGAUGUCGGACAGGAGGCCGCUGGCUGCGACGGACCGAGAGGAGGGAAGUUACGAUCUGGAUGACGAUGGAGCGCACAGGUCGGAGGAGUUUUCCCAGCAAGUAGUUUCUAUUAAAUCCGAGCCGUCGGAACAAGGGGAAAGUCCGUCUUGGAUAUCCAGCUGCAUUAAGAUGUCCACACCAGCCCGGCAGGUCAGUCCAGCAGUCUGCUCCUUAAGGAAGCACAAAACCAACCGCAAGCCUCGCACUCCCUUCACCACCAUGCAGCUCCUGGCCCUGGAGAGGAAGUUUCGUCAGAAGCAGUACCUGUCCAUCGCGGAGCGGGCCGAGUUCUCCUCCUCCCUGACGCUGUCCGAGACCCAGGUCAAGAUCUGGUUCCAAAACCGUAGAGCCAAAGCCAAGAGGCUUCAGGAGGCCGAGGUGGAGAAACUGAAAAUAGCAGCUGGGUCCAAAGCUGUAUUCUACCCCGGCUUCUCGUCUUUAGGUUUACCUCUCAGCAGCAACGUGCAGGCCGGUUCGGCAGCAGCGCUCUACGGACUGGGCUGCUCAUACGGCCGCGUCCCCGUUCACCCCGCCGCACAUCUGGCCAUGUACGCCUCACAGGUCGGCUACAGCAUGUUCCACCUCUCCUGA